AUGUUAACAGCUUUGGGCUUUAGUAAUAUAUGGGUGGAAUUAAUCAUGUUAUGUGUGACUAUUGUGUCAUAUAAUAUCAAACUGAAUGGAGCCCGAGGUUUGCCAAUCAUCCCAUCUCGCGGACUCAGGCAGGGAGACCCAUUAUCCCCGUAUCUAUUUAUUAUCUGUGCAGAGGGACUAUCUUUAUUGCUACAACAGGCACAGAUUCAGGGAGCAAUUCAUGGGUGCAGAGUUGCAAGGGGUGCACCUUCUAUUUCACAUCUAUUCUUUGCUGAUGACAGCCUACUAUUUUUUAAAGCAAAUGUGCAGGAAGCAAGUGCGAUAAAGCAGUGUUUGACACGGUAUGAAAAUUUAUCUGGCCAAGUGGUAAAUUAUCAUAAGUCCAGCAUAUGUUAUAGCAAGAACACACAGGAUGAUAGUAGGGAGGAAGUGGCGCAGAUACUGGGGGUUACUCAGGCACCAAACUUUGGAAAAUAUUUGGGACUACCCUCAUUUGUAGGGAGAAAUAAAAAAGCAGCCUUUUCAUAUAUUGAGGAUAAGAUAAGGCAAAGAAUCCUAUCUUGGAAUAAGAAAUUGUUAUCGCAAGCUGGUAAGGAAGUCUUGUUGAAAAGUGUGGCUCAGGCAAUGCCCACCUUUUCAAUGAGUGUCUUUUUAUUACCUAUGGGGAUUUGCACAGCUAUUGAGCGAACAAUGAACCGGUAUUGGUGGGGAUCUGGGAAUGAACGAGGAAUCCAUUGGAAGGCAUGGGACAAAUUGUGUAUACCAAAAAAGUAUGGUGGCCUAGGUUUUAAAGAACUGCACGCAUUUAAUAUAGCAAUGCUGGGCAAACAGGCAUGGCGCUUGUUAACAAAACCUGACUCUCUGGUCUCACGAGUUUACAGAGCGAGAUAUUACCCAAAAGGGGCCUUUUAUGAUGCCAAGGUAGGAAAUAACCCCAGUUUCUGUUGGCGUAGUAUAAUGGCAGCUCAGAGCAUGAUUUGUAGCGGAACGAGGUGCAGAAUUGGAAAUGGAAAGACAACUCUCAUCUGGGACCACCCAUGGUUACAAGAUGAACACGACCCAAUGGUUCAUAUUGAUAAGCCCCCAUAUUUAAAUAAUGCAGCAGUGUUGGGAUUAAUUGAUCAUGAGACACAAACCUGGGAUCCGGAUAUUUUGGCAGAUAUUUUUAUUCCUACGGAUGUGGCUAGGAUAAAAAGGAUUCCAGUAUCAUCGGACUAUGAGGAUAUGUGGUAUUGGCAUGGUGAUCAGGGAGACACUAACCAAAUUGUUCACGCAGCUGCAAUAUUAUAUCAUAUUUGGAGAGCCAGGAACGGAGAGGUAUGGGAUGCGUGUCUACCGCGACCACGAAAAGUGUUAGCCUUGGCCGAAGCAACCGCACUGGCAUGGCAAAGAGUCCACCACACCCACCCACAAACGGACCAAGGGGCUGCCGCACAAAGCAGUGCUACUGCCACUGCCGUGACACGGCAGCAGCAGCACUACAACACGGCAAAUGCCGUGACUGCUAUGGGGAUCGCCCAAGAGGGCGCACGGAACGAGCCUGCCGAGCGGAGACGGAGAUGCUAUGUCGAUGCUGGAUUCAUGCCAGCUACAGGAAGGGCUACGGUAGGCGCGGUUUUGUUCGACGAGGAAGGGGGAUAUGUAUCGGCAUUCAGUGCACCCUUGUCAGAUUGUCUGUCCCCGCUUAUGGCUGAAGCAAUAGCAUGUAAGGAAGCCUUGUCUUGGUUAUGGAAUCGUGGAGAGCGCUCAGUACACAUACUCACGGAUUGUUUGACCCUGCAACAGUAUUUGACAAAUCAAGCUAUCACUGUUCGGACUUACGUUGGCUAUGCCAUUGAUGCUUGUAGAGCAUGCAUUAUUUCUUUUGAUUAUUGUUCAGUUAAUUUUAUUCCUAGAUCAGAGAACUAUUUAGCACAUAGUCUAGCGGCUACUGCAUUUAAUUCUUCUACGAUUAUGUAUUCGGACGAUGUCCCUCCAGACUCUAUUUCUGAGUACCUUUAA